CCUAACUGAUAGGAAGUGUCCGUACAACCAUAACAUACAGAAUGGUCGUACAUGUACUUAACUGCUUAUUGGUACUGCUCUCGCCAUUUGCGACAGUUUCUGGACUUCUUUUGGAUUCCAUACAUGUAACAAGGCAGCCAACUAAUGCCCCGGUAUUUCCGGCCCCCAGGGACUGUCAGGAUUACCAAUGGGAGGGAUAUAGUCAAAACGGACUGUACACCAUCUAUCCCCAGAAAGGCGGACGACUGAAUGUCUACUGUGACCAGCAAACUGAUGGAGGAGGAUGGACGGUUAUACAGAGGAGAGAGGAUGGAUCUGAAGAUUUUUUCAGAAACUUGACAGACUACAAGUAUGGCUUUGGAAACAUAUCAAGAGAGUUCUGGCUAGGAAACCAUCGUAUCAAUGAAAUUGUCAGUCAGGGAUUUUACGAACUUCGGAUUGACAUGUCCGAUUUCGCCGGAGAGAGUCGAUAUGCAGUUUACCGACGAUUUUCUGUCGGGGAUGAGAGUCAGGGCUUUAAGCUUUUAAUCGAGGACUACAUUGGAAAUGCAGGAGAUUGCAUGUCGUUUCAUAAUGGCUCCCAGUUCUACACCAAGGACCAUGAUUACAAUACGUGUGCUGCCCGGUUCAAGGGCGGCUGGUGGUACACAAACUGUCAUCAGGCCAAUCUCAACGGAGUCUACCUGAAAGGCAGCCACUCGUCCUUUGCCGACGGCAUCGAGUGGAAAACCUGGCAUGGAUUCAAUUACUCUCUUAAAUACACCGAAAUGAAAAUCAGACGAUUGUAAAGAUCUGGGCCUAUGCCUACUUUUACAAUAAAAUCAAAAUAAAAUCAG